AUGGCCUUCUUUAGCUUCCCUUUCUUUCUCCUUCUUCUUCUGCCUUUUUGUUCGCCGGAUUCAUCGCCCGACGGCGGUGGCCAAGGCCGGAAGGAGCUGGUUCCGGCGAUGUUUAUUUUUGGCGAUUCUCUUAUAGAUAACGGUAACAAUAAUAAUUUAGCUUCAUUGGCUAAAGCCAACUAUGUCCCGUAUGGAAUUGAUUUUGCUGAUGGCCCCACCGGGAGGUUCUCUAUAUUUGUUGCAGCCAACCUUCUUGGUCUCCCUCUCAUCCCGGCACACUCUGAAACCUCCACCGCUUACGAGCUCCUCCAUGGCGUCAAUUAUGCCUCUGCCGCCGCCGGCAUCCUCGACAUCACCGGCCAGAAUUUCAUGGCACGAAUUCCAUUCAAUGAACAGAUCAAGAACUUCGAAUCCACCCUGAAUCAAAUCACCGGCAAUCUCAGCGCCGACACCGUCGCUCGAUCCAUCGGCGACUCCAUCUUCUUCAUUGGCAUGGGAAGCAACGACUACCUCAACAACUAUCUCAUGCCAAACUACAACACUCGCAUCCAAUACAAUCCAAACCAGUUCUCCGAUCUCCUCAUCCAACACUAUUCUCAUCAGCUCACAAGCUUGUACAAUCUGGGCGCAAGGAAAUUUGUACUAUCUGGAGUUGGAUCUCUGGGCUGUAUACCAAGCAUUCUGGCUCAGAAUAUGCUCACACAGUGCUCACAAGAAAUAGAUCAAAGCCUUGUUCAUCCUUUCAACAGUAAGAUGAAGCUGAUGGUUGAUAGAUUCAAUCAAAACCUUACAGCAGCCAAAUUCACAUAUAUUGACACCUAUCACAUAUUCAUGGAGAUUAUUAACAACCCUGGAACAUAUGGAUUUAAUGUGACUGACAGUGGUUGCUGUGGAGUUGGGAGAAAUAACGGGCAAUUUACUUGCCUUCCAUAUGAGACUCCAUGUUCAAAUAGAGAACAAUAUGUGUUCUGGGAUGCCUUUCAUCCGACGGCGAAGGUGAAUGUUUUAAUGGCGAAGAAGGCGUUUGCCGGCGGCGGUGACGUUGCACAUCCCAUCAAUAUAGAGCAGCUUGCUAAACUGAAGCUUAUUCAGUUCAAUAAUUCAUAUUCUUAUAUUGAACAGGAGAGGGGUGAUUAA